AUGAAGUUCCAAACCUCCAUCGCCCUCGCGGCUCUCGUCGCCUUCGCCGCCGCCGAAGUGCCCCAAGAACACUCGCACGAAAAAUACCUCCGCGCCGUCAACGCCCUCCUAAAACAAGACAACCCAAACAACAUCCAAGACGCAGUCUUUGGCCUCCUCGGUAACGCCGCUGCCGCCGCGGGCGCGGGCGACGUGACCAACCUCGACUGCCUGCACCAGACAACGGCCGACUCGGCCUUUACCACGGCCAAAGCCGCAGGCGACGUGGACGGCAUGGCGAGCGCGCUCGUCUUCCGCGCCGUGGAACGCAACACCGGCAAGGUGGGCCUCAAGAGCGUGCUGUGCGACGAGACGGCCGCGAACCCUGAGAUUGCGGCGUUGAGCCAGCAUCAGGAUCCGGCUUCGGAUGGUGCGGCCGAGGAGAAUAAGGCUAUCACGUUGGAGUUGGCGAAGCAGCUUUCUGCUAUUGGGGCCGAUCCGCAGCUUGCGCUUGAUUCGGGCACUUUCGAGCCUGGCGAUGUCAACGACAACACCGGAGCCGGCAACACCUGUGACGAUGCCGAUGAUGCUGAGGGAUGUAUUUUCAGCCAGAACCUCAUCGUCAAGGAUGCUACACCCGAGGAGAUCGAUGCCGCUGCCGCUGGAGGUGCCGGUGAAGCCGCUGCCGGUAACGCCACGGCCGCCGCGGCCAACUCUACCGGCGCAGCAAGCCGCCUGCGCAACAGAAGCUUCUUGAGCCGUGCCAUCCUCUCCCAGCGCGGCAACAAGGGCGCCAGCGCCAGCGCUGACAACUCCACGGCCGACGCCUCUGAGAAGACCCCCACAGGAACAACAGACGUCCAAACCUUCACCGGCACCCUCGGCGGCCCCGCCCCGCCCGUAACCUCGGACUCCUCCGCAGACAAGCCCUUCUCCGUCAACGGCGCAACCUUCCUCAACGCCGGCGCAGCCCUCCAGCGCUCCUGCGCAGUGCAGCACAACGCCUGCGCCGACGCCGCUAACUCUGGCUCAGAGGAUAUCAGCGUGUCAGACUGCGACGCGCAAGAAGACGACUGCCUCGCGGCCUCCUCGCAGACAAAACUCCGUCGCGCAUCGGGUCUGAAUGCGCGCGGUGCGAGAAGAAUGAGAAUCGCUACGACGGCGCUGUUGAAGGGGAGACAGGCGUUUGAGUUUGGCGAGUGCCAGGACCCGAGCAUUGAGUUUGCGGAGGGUCUUGAUGGACGCAAGGAGGCUUCGUUUGCGCCGGCGGGUGACUUUGAGCAUGGGAGCGCGUUGAAUAUUGGAGUGAUUUCUGGGUUUAUUUGUGGGCAGUUGGAGAGCCGGUGUCAGGCGGAUGAGGCUGCUGUUGCGGCUUGUCAGCAGGGGGAGGCUGAUUCCAAGGGGUUGAGUGGGCAGGCUGCUGCUGAUGCUUUCAACUCUGCUUUGGGACUUUGA